AUGCAUCUGUCCUCUUCCCAUGCAUUCAUCUUCCCCCGUCUCCCCCGCUUCCCCCGCAAUCCCCACCUCCGCCACGCAAACCCGCCAGUCAUCCAGGGCCGCGUGGACUUCGUGUUCGGCAAUGCCAAGGCGCUGUUCCACGACUGCAAGUUCCGCCUCGUCUACUGGGGCGGCGGUUACUUCGCGCAGGCGCGCGACAAGGGCCAGGACACCGGCUUCGUCGUGCUAGGAGGCUCCUUAAAGCCCUUCGGAAAAGGGCCUAUUAAACCCGGGUAUCUCGCGCGGUCUUGGGGGGAUUAUUCCACUGUCGUUUUCGUCAAUACGAUGUUCGGGGCUGGAUCGGUCCGGGCCGAGGGCUGGGGUUUUGUGAACGGUUACGAGGAUACCGAUUCGCUCACGUUCGGCGCGUAUGGGUGCUACGGACCGGGUUACAACACGACGGGAUGGGAGUCAUUCGCGAAAGUGAUGACUGCGGCUGAAGCGGCGCCUUAUUCGUCAAUUAAUUACGUGAAUCAGGGAGGCUGGAUUGUGGACCCUAACGCAUUGGUACGCGGCGUGGGAGGGUGGGUCAACAAUGGGAACGGCAAGGCCGGCGGCGGAAAGAAACCAGCUGAUUCUCCUACGCCUGCCACCUCGCCUUCUCCCAAGCCUGUACCCACACCUGCUCCCAAGCCUGUGCCGGCACCCACUCCCAAGCCGGCUUCCAAGCCUGGUCCUAAGCCUGCUCCCGUCCCUGCUCCCAAGACCGCUCCCGUGCCUGCUCCCAAGUCUGCUCCCGUGCCUGCUGCCAAGACUGCUCCCGUGCCUGCUCCGAAGGCUGGUGGUUCUGCCCCGAACAAAGGCACGGGGAACGUUCCGGCUGGCGCUGGCGGAAGGGGAAAGAAACGCGGACCCGUUGCUGCUGACGGUGCGUCUGGUACCCCUGGCGGGCAGACGGGGGGAAGGAAACCUGUUGCCUCGGUACCCCCCCCACCUGCUCCUAUGACAAACCCAGGUGGCACUGGGAAUGCGCGUGGUCGUAAGCAGGCUGGGGCGGGUGGAGGGUCGAAUGGAGGAAAUUCGAGUAGAAGAAACGGGGCGAACGGUAACAAGAAUGAUGAUGACGACGACGAUGACGAUAACUGA